GAGCGGGACCGGGCCCUCUGUUAAACCUGUGUCCUCUGGGCCGCCUCCGGCGGGGACCCGAGCCGAAGUCCGAGCGCUUCCYCCGGUUGGAUUGCAGCAUCGGAGGGAGAUCACCGCGUUUGGGCUGAGGAGCCCAGCUUCAGGAGUCCGUGCUUUUUCUUCACAACUUUAAGGGAUAUGAAGGCAGUUGGAAAAGCGCUUUGUGCUGCAGGAAUUGUAGCUGGGCUCCUGGCUUUCCUCUGGAAAGACACUUUUGAUCCAGAGAGCUUGUCUGGAGCCCGUGUUCUUCUCACCGGAGCCAGCGCUGGGAUCGGGGAGCAGAUGGCCUAUCAUUAUGCCAGCUUCGGUGCGGAAAUCGUCCUGACGGCGAGGAGGGAAGCGGUGCUGCAGAGGGUAAUGAAGAAGUGCCUGGAGCUUGGAGCAAAGAAAGUCUUUUAUAUCGCUGCAGACAUGUCUUCCUCUUCAGAGCCUGAAAAGGUGGUUCAUUUUGCUGUCCAAAAACUGGGGGGACUGGAUUUCUUGGUGCUGAACCACAUUGGCAUGACCCCUUUCCAGAUGUGGGACGGAGAUGUGGAACACACUCGCUGGCUCAUGCAGGUGAAUUUCUUUAGUUAUGUGGCCCUGGCAACAGCAGCUCUUCCCACGCUGGAGGAGAACCAAGGCUCUCUCAUAGUUGUUUCUUCUCUCACAGGAAAAAUUCCUACUCCUUUCACCACGUCAUAUUCUGCCACCAAGUUUGCGCUGGAUGGAUUCUUCGGCUCUUUGCGCCAUGAACUCGCCAUGCAGAAGAAAAACAUCUUCAUCACACUCUGCAUCCUGGGCUUAAUUGACACCGAGGUGGCAUUAGAGAAGACCAGGGGCAAAGUGUACCUGACCGCGGCUCCCGCUGCGGAAGCUGCCCUGGCCAUCAUCCGAGGAGGGGCCACGCGGGUGCACGAGGCUUUCUACCCCUGGUGGCUGCAGUACAUGUGCCGCUUCCGAGACUGGUUCCCCAGCCACCGGGACCGCGUUUUACAGAGCUACUACAACUACAGCAGCCCCUGAGAGGUUCCUGCUCUCCUCUCGUCGUCCCUCUCUGCCAGCUCCAGUCCUGCCUCUCCUCCUGGGCAUCGCUUUUGGUAUUAGGUGUCCUCAGGUUUAAUUUCUGAAGCUUCUCAUUGUAGAAAAGGAUGGGCAGUGGCAGGAUGAAAUAAAGGGGAAUUAAAACUAAAGGUGUGGAGAAAAACUCUGCUGAUCUGAGCGCAGUCUGGAGCAGCUGGGGCUCAGGUGGUUUCGUUGCCCAUCUGCAAAAUGCAAUUCCAUGUGGGAAAACCAAAACCAUGUGGGCGUCCUGCUGUUUCUCUGUGUAUCRCAGGCCUUGGAUUUUGACCUGACAGUUUUCUAUGGCCUUGCAUGGAACUGUCAGSAACUUGCUGCAAUUCACAUCCCCUGGGUGGCUUGAAGCCACCUCUCCUACAUGGACCUACACCUGCUUGCUCCUCGUKUUUGCAGUAUGGACCAGGCACCACAGAACUGUGUGGAGGAAGGAGGAGGCAUCAGAAGCUGAGCCAAUCCUAGAUUAUUCCUCCUCUCAUGUUCUGCUUUUUUUAGCACUGUUAAAUAAGGCUUUCAAAGCACCUGCUUGGAAAAGUCCAAGCAAAAAGGGUGCUUUGGCUCCAGUGCAUGGCAAUGGCACAUGGUGCUGGUAAUCCCGGUGUGCUCCUCCCCUGGAGUGCAAGAAAAGAAAGGAGUUUGUGUCUGYUCAGCUGAGCUCUCAGUCUCGACUAAGCACGUAGGUGUUGAAAGAAGCCUGCAAUGUGCACACGAGAGCAGUACCUGCUUUAUGCUUCGCUCUGCUGGAGCUAGGCAGCUCACUUUACCCAUUGCAAUUGGGUUGAUAAAACAAACUUGUGGUUUGGGGGCCAGACCUAGGAGUGGAAUAAAAGAAAAAUCCAAAGGUAGCCUUUGAGCGACCUGAAACACGGGGUGAUGCCCAGAAUACGGCAGGAUCGGAUCCACUAGGACUCGCGUUCUGCCGUCCAUCCUUCUAGAAAAGCUUACCUGCUUGCACAGGUGACUCGAUGGAAACGGGCUCUCCUCAUCUUGGGUUCCUCGUAUCUUCAAGGGCAGGCACUAGCUAAAAGUCAUUGCAACCAACACRUGAAAUAAAACCCCAAGUUACUUGGCAAGUAAAUUUUUUAUUAAAUAAAUUUAAGAUUUUUUUUUUUCCUUUUAAGACCAGAGUGAGGAAUUUGACAUUGAUAAAGCUUGUAUCUCACYUGUGACCUUGUACAGUCACAUCGGUAACUGUAAGGGAAGGAACUGAUUGUAAAUGCUUAUUUUAAACAGCCUGACAUAGAAUUUCCAAAGUUCUUUUCUUUUUUCUUUCCAUUUUGCAUUUGUYGGUCAUUUUCUUUUUUGUUCAAAAUUAGAUGAGGCUUAAACUUCCUGAAAUUACUUGUAGCAGAAAUAAAAUACAUUAUACAAAUCACAUACAUAAUAGAUGUUAAGUAUAAAAAUGGUAUUUACAGUCAGUAAACAUGGACUGUUGAAACGCACAGACUUGCACUGCUCCAUCCAUCUUUCAGACUCACCAUCGGGGCCAGAGGGCUGGCUGAGGAGAUGUCCAUGUCCUUGAGGGACUUGGCCAGAGACAACCGAGCAAGGGAAACUGGAGGAGAAGGGGCUGAGGUCCUCAGAAGCCCCUACAUCUCUCCUUAGUCUGAGUCUCAUCCACCUUUCUCCACCAGCCCUCUGUUCGUACGUAGACAUAAACACACAUACACACAUACACACACAGGAAUGUUCUUGGUAUUUUAUCAAACUCUGAAAUACUCUGAAGGGUUUUUUUUYCUGUAUUUUGGUAGAAACGUAGGGGACUUUCAAGUUGUUAAACGGAUGCACCAUUUCAGUAACACCCCCUUCUCCCACUCUAGUAUUUUUUUUUUUUUGUUAAAUCAAGCUCUGACCUAUGUUCUGUGCUUAAGUGUACAAUUAUCUCUAUCUAUGCUGCAUACUGUAUAAUCUGUCCUCUGAAGGGGGAGGUGGAAGGAAAAGCAUGAACGUAGCCCUCUUUUAUCACACUAUCCUCCUGGUGUUUGCUCGGAAAAGCUCU